GGCGCGCCUUUUUGCGCAUCAAGGCACUGCGCAUAAUACGACGAGGCGCAGUAAGGCGCGCGCCUCAUGAACUGCGCGCGCAUCAAGGUUGCUGAUGCACUGCCUCUAGCGCUUCGUGCGCAUCGCGCCUCAGGCGCGCUUUUCACAACUAGUCUCUGACCCUAAAAGAAACUAUCAUUGUUUCUAUAUGCUUUGUGCGGCACCACCAGAGGAUGUUGAAAAGUACAAAUUGGGGAAUCCUAGGAAAUUUCAUUAUCUAAACCAGUCAAAAUUUUUUGAAUUGGACGAAGUGGAUGAAUCUAAAGAAUACCUCGCCACCAGGCGAGCCAUGGAUGUUGUAGGGAUCAGUUCUGACGUUCAGGAUGCCAUUUUUAGAGUUGUGGCUGCAAUACUUCACUUGGGCAACAUUGAAUUUGUGAAGGGAAGCGAGCCUGAUUCUGCAGAACCUAAGGAUGAUCAGUCUCGCUUCCAUCUUAAAACUGUGGCUGAACUUUUCAUGUGUGAUGAGAAGUCAUUAGAGGAUUCUUUAUGUAAGCGUAUCAUUGUAACUCGUGAUGAGAAGAUAACAAAAUGUCUGGAUCCCCGAGCUGCUUCUAUCAGUAGAGAUGCUUUGGCAAAAACGGUCUACUCUAAACUGUUUGAUUGGCUUGUUGAAAAGUUUAAUAAAUCUAUUGGCCAAGAUCCCGAUUCUCAGUUGUUGAUCGGGGUUCUUGAUAUUUAUGGAUUUGAGAGUUUAAAGACAAACAGGUGCUUAGCUGUUUCGAACAGUUUUGCAUUAAUUUGACCAAUGAAAAGUUACAGCACCAUUUCAACCAGCAUGUCUUCAAAAUGGAGCAAGAAGAGUACACUAGAGAAGAAAUUGAUUGGAGUUAU